AUGGCUUCAACCUUUUUGGGCCGAGUCUUGAGCCGGGUUUCCUUCUACUCCUUUGGCUUCUUCAAUUGGUGUCUGUUUCUGGGGCUGUUUGUGAAAAAUGGAACAUUCUUCAGGAAGGAUACCGAGCAAGACAAGCUACAAUUUGCAAUUGAACGAGAUCGCUUCUGGAACCUGACAAAAUCACCUCUCCCUGGCUUCAAGCACUACUUCUACACCCUCCGCAACGGACUCAGACUACACUAUAUUAGCAACCGACAUGGGCCUUCUCAGGGUAAUCUGGUGGUAUUUUUUCAUGGAUUUCCCGACAGUUCGAUGAUGUGGAGACAUGUCAUGCAAGAGCCGGCCAUGCCAACCGGCAAUACUACUUUGAUCUGCGUCGACUUGCCUGGAUACGGAGGAAGUGAUAGUUUCAAGAAGUACGACACCGAAGUGCUCGAGGCUCUUACGGAAUUCGUCGUGGCAAUGAGGGACAAGUACAUACCCGCGGAGGCUUCAGACGAGACUAGCACAUUCAUCGUGGGCCAUGACUGGGGUUGCGUCUUGGGAUUCCGUUUGGCUGCAGAGGCUCCAAGCCUUGCAGAUCGCUUCAUUCUGACCAACGCGCCACAUGUUGAACUCGCCUUUGCCAACAAGGACCGGAUCCUGAACUCGGCCUCGAAGAUCUUCAAGCAGUUUAAGCAAUCGCCGAAACAAAACUUCGGGUGUUUGUCAAAGGCCUUGAAUACAUUGAAGCCGUUGCUACUGCAAGUUUUGUUGAUGGGUUACAUUUUUGCAUUCCACCUGCCCUCAAUCUUCGUCAGAUACCUCGGCGUGGCCGGGAAUUACUCGUUUAUACGAGGAGCAAAUUGGUCAUCGUACGGCAAAGGUUCCAAGGAAUAUCAUGCGCAAGAAUGCAUGGCCUCUUCUUUCGGCCCUGGCCCAGAAGAAUGCAAGACCUCAAUUCCGACUGUCAAUGGCACGGCAGCCUCCACCAACGGAGAGGUUCAGGCAACCAGUUACGGCCCCAGCGUGCUGCAAAGAGCUCGAUCUCCUCAGGAGGCUUUUUGGAAUAUGACCGGUUAUUAUCGAGACGGAGUGGGUUGGAGGCCAUGGACCAAGUCGCUUGAGACUAUAACCGACCUCUAUGCUCUGGAGACUUCGGCGUCAGAGUCCAGUUCUCCUGGCAGACGUCGGUCUUCAAUAUCGCAGACUUUGUUCGUCGGUCAAUACAAGGGCAGUCUCAAAGCACCCACGUACAUUCUCUGGGGAGAGAAAGACCAGGCUUGCUCCAAACCAAUCUGUCUAGAUGGGAUCGGAGACUACUUGGGCAGAGACAGCGAGGUGACAAUUCUCCCACGAAGUGGGCACUGGACUCCUGUUCAGCAAAACGCUCGCCCAGCUCUUGCUACUGUGAUUGGGUUAUUUGCCGGAGGAGAUCCGCGACCAGUGGCAAAAAUGACCACCGAGGUGCAGAGAGUUUACGAAGGGGCGGUUUUGAUGGUGAAGAAAUGA